UUUAGCACAGAACACAGGCAGACAGCUUCUGUCGUAGGAAAUUCUCGGAAAACUUUGACAGAUGUGCAAGUGAAUAUUCGACAAAAGAAUGAUUGAGGUGAGCGCAAGUCUCCCAAGAGGUCCUGUGUUUUUAGCAGGGGAGACAAUUCAAUGUGAUAUCCACUUCACAAAUAUUGGAUCAAGAUCAGAGAAUGAACCUGAUGUGAGCAGCCUGGCGUGGGCAAGUGUACAGAUAAUUUGUCAGUGUACAGUGAGUGAGUCGCGGGUCAUCCUUCCCCGAGCACAGAACCUGUCCACUGAGGAUGCUUCAACCACAGGAUGUGAUACGUCAUUUGUGCCAACCAAAGGAGAACGAGGCCUCACAGUUUUAUCAACAAAACCCAAGAUUCUCUUUUGUGAUCUUAGACUGCCCCGAGGAGACUCCAGGUCAUUCACAUUCCAAGAUGCCAUUCCCACAGAUGCACCACCAUCGUUCCGCGGGCAGGCGGUUAAAUACUCAUACAAAGUGAUUAUUGGCACACAGCGUCUGGAGAAUGUGACCAAGAUGUUGAGAAUCCCCUUCAGAGUGAUGGUCAUGUAUGGUUUAAAUGACAUCAGUGUGUAUAAUGAGUCCGAGGAGUAUGCACCAAGUAACCCAUUCCUCAACAACCAACAGAAGGAGAACUCUGUGCUGGACAUUGCACUGCAGGUCCUUUCAACCAUCACAGCCAGGAAAGCUCCACAUUCCUACAACAUUACCAAUGCGAGGGGGCGUGUGGCCAAGUUUCUGUUGUUCAAGCAGGCCUACAAACUUGGGGAGGACAUUAUGGGGAUAUUUGACUUCUCAGAUGGGACAGUUCCCUGUGUGCAGUACUCCGUGACACUUCAGAGUGAGGAACAGAUUGCAGAGGAGUGUCGACGGAAACCUAGCCAGGGGACAGCCAUUACAUCAUACGUUAAGCACCAGGAGAUGUGUCUACACACGCUGAGAACAAAUAUCUCAAUCCCACUUCCUCUCACAGCAUCACCAGGGUUCAUUACAGAUAUAGUGUGUCUGCGAUGGAGAUUACACUUUGAGUUUGUGACAUCGUGUGAUCCGGUGGAGGAGGUGGAGACGUCGAAGACUGAUGAAGGCAGCAUGUGGCGAGGUCCCCCCACCAUGAACGUUGAAACAAUGGUGUGGGACAUGCCGAUCAAAGUGUUCCCAACCAACCCACUCCAUGCAUCAAGUGUCACGCUGAUGAAAACAAGCUCAACGAUACGAGUGUGAUCAUAACAUUUCGCUUGAACAGACAAUUGCAAUUACAAGUCAUCUGGUGUGAUUAUUACAGCUUUUGGAGAAUUGUGUGAUUGUCCCUGCAACAAGCAUAUGGUGAUGGGUAUUCACAGGAUGCAGGGGUGACACUGAAGGAGAAGCACAUUGAACAGGACACCCAGUAAGCUGGAGUCUCAUGUAUCUGAGCUGGUUGUUCUGGGGUAUAUUUUGUUGGGGUAGCCUAGUGGGCAAAGCGUUUGCUAGUCAUGCUGAAGACCCAGGCUCGAUUCUCCACAUGGGUUCAAUAUGUAAAGCCCAUUUCUGGUGUC